AUAAAUAACCUUUUUCAACUAUGCCCAACUUCUCUCUUCUUCCUUCUUCCUUUUUGUCAAUAAUUGCCAGAGAGGAAGAAGAAGAAACAGCAGAAAUCCAAAAGGGCAUCCCUUCCAGGAAAGAGAAAGAGAGUGUGUGUUUACAUAUUAACACACAAUCUCUCAGGAGGGCUCUCUGAUGUUUCUUUCCUGGAAUCAUUUUCCCAUCAAGCUUUGAUUUUUGCUGGAAAGCAGAUCUGAUAAGGGUUUGUGGGCGUUCCUUUAUAUAUUGCGAUAUGGGAGCAGUGGUUGUCUUGGAUGCUAUACUAAACCUACAGUAACUACCUCGGUGGAUGCACCAGCACAAUCACCUUCAAAAGGAUCAACGAAUCAAGGUCGGACAGUGAAGACAGAGGAUUUCUGGACCACCAGUACGUGGGAUAUGGACAACAGUGCAGUUCAGUCUCAGCGAAGCAUCUCCUCAAUUAGUACAACCAAUCAAAUUCUAGAUCCACAUGCUGUUGCUGGAAGUGCUAACAGCCCUUCUGAAUUUGUAAAUCAUGGUCUUCUUCUCUGGAAUCAGACUAGGCAGCGUUGGGUAGGAAAUAACAGGUCUGAGAACCGGGCACAGCAGAUACGAGAACCCAAACUAAGCACUCACUGUCUAUGCAUUGGUAAAAAAUUCUGGCUUUGCAGUUGGAAUGCAUCAUAUGAAAGUUUGCUUGGGAACAACAAGCCAUUCCCUCAGCCUAUCCCACUUGCUGAAAUGGUAGAUUUUCUUGUGGACAUUUGGGAGCAGGAGGGGUUAUAUGAUUGAGCAGCAGAAGUAUAAGAUCCUUAAAGGCUCUUUAGAUACUGGAACCCGUCUUAGAAACAUUCAAGUUGUUGCCAUAGCAAGAGGGGUGAUUGAACAAACUGCGACUUGUAUAUGAAAUGUAACAUGAUCUCUCACAUGCCAAUGCAGAGAUUUUUAUUAUUCAGGCCUUUUAGACAUGCAUGUAUUACAUUCAAUUUGAUUUAUAGCAUCGGCUGCCUGUCCUGUUCAUGGCAGGAAGUUUUGCAAAA